AUGGCUGAGAUAGAGCAACUAGAGUAUUUGUCUCUCGUCUCUAAGGUGUGUACCGAGCUUGAAAAUCAUCUGGGUCUUAAUGACAAAGACUUAGCUGAGUUCAUUAUUAAUUUGGCUGACAAACAUAAGACGCUAGAAAAAUUUAAAAAGGCUCUUGUAAAAAAUGGAGCUGAGUUCUCUGAGUCAUUUGUGUCUAAUCUCUUACGAAUCAUCCAGACCAUGAGCCCCCAGGAAGUGGUAAAGUCCGAACAACAUCGUCGUCAUAGAGACAGAAGUAGAGAAAGAAGACGUCGACGGUCUAGGUCACGAUCUCGAUCCAGGUCUCGAUCACCCCGUUCUGGUCGCUGGGAUCAAAGGAGUCGUCAUGAAAAACCCUCCCAACCAGUUGUAUCACAAAUUUAUGAUGGUAAAGUUAGCAGUAUUAUGCAAUUUGGUUGCUUUGUACAACUGGAAGGGGUCCGAGGAAGACACGAGGGUCUGGUACAUGUAUCACAGUUACGUCGAGAGGGGCGUGUCAGAGAUGUAGGUGAGGUUGUUAAAAGAGGUCAAAAGAUCAAAGUGAAAGUUCUUUCAAUCACUGGUAACAAAAUGAGUCUCUCUAUUAAGGAUGUGGAUCAGGAGACUGGUAAAGAUCUUAAUCCAACAAUGAACCGGAUGUUAGUAGGUGGUGAGACGCAAGAAAGUUCUUCAGCUAGAAAUCCAGACCGACCUAGUAAUCUAGGAUUAACAAUGAUGGAUGAUGAUGGCACAAGUGGGCGUGGUGCUACUCGCAUGACAUCUCCCGAAAAAUGGGAGAUCAAGCAAUUAAUUGCAGCUGGAGUAUUGGAGAAAACUGAUUAUCCUGGGUUUGAUGAGGAGACUGGCAUUUUACCUGCCGAAGAUGAUGCUGGAUCUGAUGAAGACAUCGAGAUUGAAAUAGUUGAUGAAGAACCAUUGUUUCUACGAGGACAAACAAAGUUCUCUGUCAGUCACUCUCCCGUCAAAAUAGUCAAGAAUCCUGAUGGGAGUCUUCAACGUGCUGCACAAACACAGAGUGCUCUGUCAAAGGAGAGACGGGAAAUAAGACAAGCUCAACGUGAAGCUGAAAUGGACAAUGUCCCUCGAGAUAGGCAAAACUGGAUUGAUCCUGUACCAGGAAAUACAGCUGGAGCUACAGAAUUUAAACAGAUGGUUGAUCCUCCUGAACUUCCAGAAUGGAAGAGAGUCUCAUUUGGAGGUUUAAAAGCAUCAUAUGGUAAGAAAACAAAACUCUCCAUCUUGGAACAACGACAGAGUCUACCAAUAUAUAAACUCAAGAUAGAGUUAGUUGAGGCUGUGAAGAAGAAUCAGAUUCUCAUUGUUAUUGGAGAGACAGGAUCUGGUAAGACUACUCAGAUGACGCAGUAUUUAGCUGAGGAAGGAUUCUGUGUGAUGGGAAAAAUUGGUUGUACUCAACCACGUCGUGUUGCAGCCAUGUCUGUUGCCAAGAGAGUCUCUGAAGAAUUUGGAUGUCGUCUUGGACAAGAAGUCGGUUAUACUAUCCGUUUUGAGGACUGCACUAGUCAGGAGACUAUCAUUAAAUACAUGACAGAUGGUAUGUUAUUAGAGUGUCUCAUUGAUCCAGAUCUUAAACAAUACUCGAUUGUAAUGUUGGAUGAAGCUCACGAGAGAACCAUACAUGAUGUCCUAUUUGGUCUAAUGAAACAAGCUGUUCAAAAGAGACCAGAUUUAAAAUUGAUAGUAACAUCAGCCACUCUAGAUGCUGUUAAAUUCUCAUCUUAUUUCUAUGAAGCUGUAACCUAUCUUACAAUCCCUGGUCGUACUUAUCCUGUCGAUAUACUCUACACUAAAGAACCAGAAUCAGAUUAUCUAGAUGCCUUAAUAGGUGUCAUGCAAAUCCACCUCACUGAGCCUCCAGGAGACAUUUUGCUCUUUCUAACUGGACAAGAAGAGAUUGAUACAGCUUGCGAAAUUCUCUACGAGCGAAUGAAGUCAUUAGGACCAGAAGUACCUGAACUGAUCAUUCUACCUGUGUAUAGUGCCCUACCAAGUGAAAUGCAAACAAGAAUAUUUGAACCUGCUCCUCCAGGAAGUCGUAAAGUAGUGAUUGCUACUAAUAUAGCAGAGACUUCACUAACAAUUGAUGGUAUAUAUUAUGUUGUAGCUGGAUUUGUCAAACAAAAAGUAUAUAAUAGUAAAAGUGGAUUAGACGCACUUGUUGUUACACCAAUAUCACAAGCUCAAGCUAAACAGAGAUCAGGUAGAGCUGGGAGAACUGGACCAGGAAAAUGCUAUAGACUUUAUACAGAGAGAGCAUAUCGUGAUGAAAUGUUACCAACAGCUGUCCCUGAAAUUCAACGAACCAAUUUAGCCAGUACUGUAAUACAAUUAAAAGCUAUGGGUAUUAAUGACCUUCUAUCAUUUGACUUUAUGGAUCCACCCCCCAUGGAGACAUUAAUAUCAGCUAUGGAACAACUACACUCUUUAAGUGCUCUUGAUGAUGAAGGCUUGCUAACUAGACUUGGGAGAAGAAUGGCAGAAUUUCCUUUGGAGCCACAACUAUCAAAAAUGUUAAUACAAUCUGUUCAUCUUGGAUGCAGUGAAGAGAUACUAACAAUUGUCUCAAUGUUAUCUGUACAAAAUGUUUUCUAUCGACCUAAGGACAAGCAAGCUAUUGCCGAUCAACGCAAAGCCAAGUUUAAUCAACCAGAAGGUGAUCAUUUGACAUUAUUAGCUGUUUAUAAUGCAUGGAAAAAUAACAAGUUCUCCAAUGCUUGGUGUUUUGAGAACUUCAUUCAAGCCAGGACUUUAAGACGUGCACAAGAUGUACGUAAACAAAUGUUGGGCAUAAUGGACAGACAUAAACUAGAUGUAGUUUCAUGUGGUAAAAAUGUGUCACGUGUUCAGAAAGCUAUUGCUUCAGGAUUUUUUAGAAAUGCUGCAAGAAAGGACCCUCAAGAAGGUUACAAAACAAUUGUUGACAAUCAAGGAGUAUACAUACAUCCAUCUAGUGCUCUCUUUAACAGACAACCUGACUGGGUUAUUUAUCAUGAGUUAAUUCUUACAACUAAAGAAUAUAUGAGAGAGACAACAGCUAUUGAUCCAAGAUGGCUAGUUGAAUUUGCUCCAGCUUUUUUCAAGUUUUCUGAUCCGACAAAACUUAGUAAAAGAAAGAAACAAGAACGUGUUGAGCCUCUUUAUAACAGGUAUGAAGAAGCUAAUGCUUGGCGUAUUUCAAAACAAAAAGUUAGAAAAUAA